CGAAAACUGGUUUGUUUUGGUUAUUGAUUGUCUAAUCUGACGCAUUGUUUCGAUUUCUAUUUGCAUUGAAAAUUAAUAAAGUAAUUACAUUUUAAAUGGCCAAUUUUAAAUUGGCUCCCCCAGGCUUGAAAGCCAUCCAGCCGUAUUUAAAAAUAGCCGAAGAACAUGAAAAAAGAGAUCCUUCAAUUACUUAUUGGUGCCGUUUUUAUGCAGUUCAGAAUGGGCUGAAAAUCAAUGACAAGUCUCCAGAAAAUACAAAUUUCUUCAUCAAGCUUAUGGAUUGGUUAGAAAAUGAAAAGAAAUCAAGACGUGAGGAUGAAACUAUAUCAAAUGAAGUUGUCGCACAAGCUCAUAUUGAAAAUUAUGCCUUGAAAUUGUUCUUGUGGGCUGAUAAUGAAGAUAGAGCUGGGAGAUUUAACAAGAAUGUGGUUAAAGCCUUUUACACUGCUGGUUUUAUUUAUGAUGUAGUGAAUACAUUUGGAGAACCGAGUGAAGAGGUAUUACACCACAGGAAAUAUGCAAAAUGGAAAUCCACCUAUAUUCACAAUUGUUUAAAAAAUGGUGAAACUCCUAUCCCGGGACCUAUGGCAAUGGAAGGUGCAGAAGAUGAAGAAGAUGAACUGACCAGAUUACUGUCAGUAUCAGGGAACCAACCAGCGAACAAUCCUCCGCCACCUUCUCAAGCACCUUACCCAACCGGAGGGUUGUUUAACAUGUCUACUUCUCAACCUGAAGCUUUUAAUUUGCCAGUGCCUGGAGCACAUGCUCCCCCAUCUACUCCAAAUGGAACAAACCAACUGUCACCAUCCACUUCUAUUGCUAAUAUUUGUCCUGAACAAGAAAAUAAAGGUGGCGUAAGGUUAACACCAGAAGAUUUUCAUAAAGCCCAAAAAUACUGCAAAUUUGCUGGCAGUGCACUUACAUAUGAAGAUGCACCCACAGCAAUUGAAAAUCUUCAGAAAGCAUUAAGACUGCUUACUACUGGCCAAGAUUCAUAAAGAAUUACUUUUAAAGAAUGCUUACGAUGCUAAUGGAGAAAUCUUAAUUUUUGAAUGUGUAAAGAUACAAUUAUUAAAAAUGUAUAUAUUUUGCUUGCACAA